AAAUUGAUUAUAGAGUUAAAAAAAUGAAAUGGAAUUGUUCUUAAUCAAGAGGAAAGUGUUCAACAUGACAUCCUGACACCAUCUGCUGGUGACAUAAUGACAUGGCAGCAUUUCUUGCUGAUAAUAAUUCACCCUGUGAGAGAGGAGAGUAAAAAUAAAAAUAGACUUUGACAUUGUUGAUCAGAGCUGAGACGCCAUUACAGGGUGUGAGAUCUCUGCUGGAAAACACACAUUUGGAGUAUUUGAAGUAAUCAAGAGACGGGACAGUAACUCGGUGAGUCUUGCUUUUGAAAGAAUGGCUGAAAAACUUGCUGUUGUUGGAAGUUACCUGAACUGCCAUGUGUGUUCAGAGACAUUCAGAGAUCCUGUGUCUCUGAGCUGCAACCACAGCUUCUGUUCAAGCUGCCUGAAGAAAUUCUGGGAACAAGCUAAAAACAAAAACUGUCCCAUUUGUAAAAGAAAAUCCUCAAAGGAUCAUCUUGUGGUGAACUUUGCACUGAAGGAACUGUCUGACUCGUUUGCUGAGAGACAGAAAGCUGGAUCAUCUGAGACAGAAAAAGAAGAGAAGAAGGUGGAGGUGGUGUGUAGUAAACAUCAAGAAGAGACUAAACUGUUCUGUAAGGAUGAAGAGAGAGCUGUGUGUCCUGUCUGUGAGUUUUUUCUCCACCCGGGUCACAAGGUGGUUCCUAUAGAACAAGCAGUCAGUGACCUGAAGGUCCAGCUGAAAUCUGACUUAAAGUCUCUACAGGACAAGAGGGACAAACACAAACAAGUGGAGAAAACAUACAAUGAAGUGAUUCAACACUCCAAGAAGGAGCUGUUGUCCACAGAGAAGCAGAUCAGAGCAGAGUUCAACAAGCUCCAGCAGUUCCUGAAAGAGGAAGAGGAGUCCAGACUGGCAGCUCUGAGGGAGGAAGAGGAGCAGAAGGGGAAGACUAUCAGCAGAGAGAUGAAGAUGAUUCAGGAGCACAUCUCCUCUCUGUCAGACAGUAUCUCUGCUGUUGAAGAAGACCUGCAGAAACACAACGUGCCCUUCCUCAGCAGUUAUAAAGCCACUCAGACCAGAGCCAGAGUCCAGUGCUCACUGUCAGAUCCACAGCUGGUCUCAGGAGCGCUGGUAGAUGUGGCCAAACACCUGGGCAACCUGUCCUUCAGAGUCUGGGAGAAGAUGAAGGACAAGGUCCACUUCAGUCCUGUCAUUCUGGACCCAAACACUGCAGGCCGUUGGCUCUAUCUGUCUGAUGAUCUGACCAGUGUGAGAAAUGGAGACACAAUCCAGCAGCUUCCUGACAAUCCAGAGAGAAACACUUAUUCUACCAAUGUUCUGGGCUCUGAGGGCUUCAGCUCAGGGAAACACAGCUGGGAGGUGGAGGUGGGAGACCAUCCUCACUGGCUUGUAGGUUUGACUAAAGAGUCAGUUGACAGGAAGGGGAAGAUAUAUGCCUCACCAAAAUAUGGAAUCUGGUGUUUAGCUCAUCACAGUGGAAAAUACACUAAAGAAGCUGGUGAGACAGUCAGAGUGAAGAAGAGUCUCCAGAGGAUCAGAGUCCAGCUGGACUAUGACAAGGGGAAGGUGUCCUUCUACGACCCUGAAGACAUGACUCACAUCUACACUUACAGAGACACUUUCACUGAGAAACUCUUCCCAUAUUUCAGUAUUGGAAAGGCUGGUGAUGCUAAAACUGCUGAUAUCAAAAUCUGUCAAACUGAGAUUCUCUGUGAUGUUCAGACACGUUGGUGUUAGUUCAGACUUUAAUCUGACUUCACUGUCCGUCUAGAUCUCAUUGAUAUAAUCAAGACAAUCAACAGUUAUAACAUAAAUACUAUUUACUCAAUACUUAAACUGCAUUACAUCAUCAAGUCUUAAACUUUCAUACAGCUCCAAAUCAGUUUACUUAAUAACCUGGUUAUCAGCAUCUUGUGUUUAAUCAGACCACAAUAUAACAUCUGCUGUUUCCACUAUACCAAACACUUUGUCUCCAGCUGUGUGAUUCUUUAAGGGGAGACUCUACAGGUGAAUGGGGUAAAAUAUUUAACUAAUAGAUAUCACCAAAUUUGACCGUUUUCUCUGUCAAUGGUGAAUGAUGAAUGGUCAACAGUUGAUUAGCAGAGUAACACUGUUUCAAAUAAAAUGUCAAUCAAGUUCAUCAAAUCAACUGAAAAUGCAUCACUCUAUUUUUCAAUCCACAUUAAUUUUCAUAUCUACACUGUAGCCUACUCAAGGUGACAUUUGAUGUGACUGCAUCAUUGGAGCUAAAUAAAUAAAUGCAGCAUUGCCUUUGUUUGACUCUGUGGUGGCAUCAGCCAUCUUCUAUGGAGUGGUCUGCUUGGGCAGCAGCAUCUGGACUGCUGACAGGAAGAGACUUAACAGACUGGUUAAGAAGUCCAGCUCUGUCCUGGGAUGCCCCCUCGACCCAGUGGAGGUGGUGGGAGACAGGAGAAUGAUGGCUUAUCAUCCCUGAUGGCGAACAUGUCCCACCCCAUGCAGGACACUUACUGCGGUGUGUGAAAGAGAGAUACCGCAGGUCCCUCCUUCCUGCUGCUGUCAGACUCUAAUCAACACUGCUCCCAGUAGACUGCACACACCAAAAAACAGAAAAUUAAUUAUUCACUCGUUCAUGUGCAAUAUCAACGUAUACCACUGUGCGAUAUCAAUAUUACAUUUUCUGUUCAAUAUUUGGCCACAGCUGCCUUCUUGAAUAUGGUUUCUGUUAAAAGGCCCCUCCCAUGUUCUACAGUUAUAUUAGUUUAGUUUGUUUUUUCCCCCCAAAGCUGUAAAGUAUG